GAAAAACAGCAGCAGUCUGAGGCGGGGGUCAGUUUAGCUGUGGUCCAGCACAGACACAACAUGAGAACUGAGGGCUGUUUUUCCUCUCGGCUUGACUCGUCCAGUCUCGGCUUUCCUUCAGUCAGACAGGCUUUCUGAGCGAAAACUGACGAAGAAAGGAGGAGAAAUAAAGAGAGGACUACAGUAAAUCACUGUGUAGAAGUUUCUGCAGCACUUCCAGACUCAGCACAGCCUGUAUCAGCAUGAACGAUAUUAAAGUAGCGGUGCUUGGAGGCGAGGGCGUCGGGAAAUCAGCGCUGAUAGUCAGGUUUCUGACCAGACGCUUCAUUGGGGAGUACGCGUCAUCUUCAGAGUGUAUAUACAGAAAACGUAUGUCUGUUGAUGGAAGGCAGCUGAACCUCGAGCUUUACGACCCGUGCUCUCAGCCCUGCGAAGGGAAGUCCACUCUGAACGAGCAGAUCCACUGGGCUGAUGGCUUCGUGGUGGUCUACGACAUCAGCGACCGCUCUUCUUUCCUCGCAGCCACGGCCAUAGUCCACCUGAUUCGAGAGCUAAACCUGGGAGUAGCUAAAAGGGACUCGGACUCUGUGGUUUUCCUGGUGGGCAAUAAGCAGGACUUGUGCCACAUGCGUGAGGUCGACAGGGAAGAAGGCCAGAGGGUGGCGUCGGACAGUCGCUGCCAGUUCUACGAACUCUCUGCUGCUGAACACUGCCAGGAGGUGGCGCUCAUGUUCACUAAGAUGGUGCGAAAUGCCAGCCUCGGUGGCAAGGCCAAGGAGCGCCGGCGCCGGCCCAGCGGCUCCAAGUCCAUGGCCAAACUUAUUAACAACGUCUUUGGCAAGAGGCGGAAAUCUGUGUGACCUCGGAACGAAUGACAACAAAGCAUGGACACUGAUGAUGCCAUGAUCAUGAGAAGCCCUGUGAGGAGCUUCAUUAUGGAGUGCAAGAAGCAUCCAGUAGAGACCAAAGAAAGACAGAUGUGGUUAUGUUUUGGCUGCUGCAUGUCCCUGUCUUUAAAAUAAAUGUCUUAGCUGUGUUGUAGCUGUGUCAUACAGUGUGUCAGACGGCCUGUGUGUGCUAGAGCAUCUUCGUGAAGUGCCCUUCAUCAACGAAACCUUACAUGUCCCAAGUGUGCACUUCUCAUUUGUUUUCCUAUCACUUCUUUUCAAGUUUUCAAGUGUCUUGGAACUUUGGAGUUACACGCCUUGGAAAUCCUCUGACUAAGAAAUGGGACAAUCCUUCAGGAACCUGAUAUAUAAUCAGAACUGAUACUAGCACAGUCUGUUGUGAUAGCAGAGGAGUGCUAAAGCCACUGUGUCUUGUAGGGGUUAAUGCAACAGUUAUUUAUUAUCGUCCACCCCAUUUCCUUAGUUGUAGAGAGCGGACGUUAGCCAAUCACUACUUUUUUUGUUUGAAUUUUCCCAUUCCACCUUAAAUCGUGCAGUUGCCUAAUAAAGUUAAAAUAUACUAUGGAUAUUUUCCUAAUAACAAGCAUAAGAAUUACUAGUAUUAUGUAGUAUUAAGGUAGCUUGCACAAUUUGAGGCGUAACAGACUAGCUAACUUUCCUGUUCCACCUUAAAUUGUGUUGGAGACUCAGGUGACAGAAUGUAACUGCUGCACCAUUUAAGAUGGAACGGUAAAGUGAAGUAGCUAGCUAUCAGUACAUAGUAAUAGCAUUUUAUUAUGCGUAUUAUGAAGCAAGGGACCAUAAUACAUUGAAACUACAUUAAACUAAAAUAAUGCAAUGGUCAUUAUUUUUCUUUUCCAGUCAUUUCUAAUACCGCUUUGUUUGGAGUUUGCUCUGAAAAUACUAAGUUUGGGGGGUAUGCAUCCCUAACACUUUAUUCUACCCCUCUAUCCUUACAAUUAUCGGUACACCCUACCCCUAGGGAUAGUUCAUAGAAGCAAGGGUUGAAAGGGGAUUGGGCCUAAAUGUUUAUGUGUCCAUAUAUACAACAUUGGAUGUAACAAUAAGGGCAAAUCUGCUACUUUUGAUGUAUGAGGAAUAUGUCCAAGAGGCACUCAUAAGUUGUAGCUUUAAACAUGUCGAAUAAAGAUUAGAUAGAAGUGCUUUACAGUGUCUUUAAAGUAUAAACGUUUCUGUGCAGGUUUACUGUGUGAACUGUUAUUCUUCUUUAAUGUGAUUGCAGAAAUGACUGAUUAAAGCAGUGUUCCGUACUCUACUGUAAUUUCUCUAUAAACUGGCCUGUUUAGUCCAGUCACUUUUAUUGUCAGUAGAAUAGGAUUUACAGUAUAAAGCAGUUGCCUGGAAACUCUUUUGCAUUUGUGUUUAAAAUACUGUGCCCUAUCUACAAUCAAAUUAAAGCGGCUUCUCCCAGCUCCA